AUGAUCGAUAAUCAGGAACAGAUAAAAGAAUCCAUCCGAUUCUGUGAGGCCAACUUGGAUGCCUGGUUCGACACAGCGACCAUCAAGUUCCCUAUCCCUGCUGGGAUUACAAGGACUGAGAAGUCGCUCGUUUUGUACACAAAUUUGAUGUACAUAUACUAUUACUCUGCCCGCGUCGCACUAUAUCAAUACGAGGCAUUUGUCGUGAGUCUUACAUCGCCAGGAGCGGGUAUGGACGACAAGCUACAUCAGACGCGGCUCCAGCUAGAAGAUGCUACACUGGGAAUCACAGAUAACCUUAAGGAGCUAGUUCAACUCAAAGUCGCCAGAUUCCUUCCUAUCAGCAUCAUCGCGUAUGCAGCAUUACCACUGGUGUUGCAUAUUCUGGAUGUCAAACUUGCAAAAUUACCGUCGCAGACAGCCCGGAAACAAGGUAGACUUAACAUCUACAUGGAGACCAUGAAGGGACUAGAGAACCUUUAUGAUGGUGUUGACGAUGUCUGGGCUUUCAUCCGUGCUGCUAUUGACUCUGCCACCUCUGGGACCUUAGACUCUUGUUCACCAAAGACUGAUUCGGUCCCUAGUAGUGCACUUUGCUCUAAGCCAUCCACUUCGAUCCAAGGAGCUGACGACUGGGGCAAAUUCUUAUUACAGGAGCCUAUUCUCUAUUUCCGCCUCUCGCGGACAAUUGAUCUGUCGCUGUCGGUUGGGUGUUACGCAGAGGACUCUUCACUCAGUCUAUUCUUGGCCAGAGCACAGUUCACAAGUCCGAGCCUCAUGUUUCUAGAUGUUGAAGUUCCUGCUGAAAACCAAAUGCUUGCUUUUAGCUGCGAUAAGUCAUAUGCGGACGAGAAAGGAAACAUGGAGAUUGAAGACGACUGUGCCAAAGCCUCCGACCUGUUUGACAAAAUUGGAGACCCGGAUGGAUAUGAGCUUGGGAUGGAAUCUUUCCAGACACCCCAGUUUCUAGAUAUGUUUGACUUGGAAUUGGAAGAGGUAUCAAACACCGCCAUAUAG